CACACUCCCCCUCUCUUUUUAGCAGCCACAUACAAGUCGGCCAUAUUAGAGAGAUGGAAAUAAAGCUUCCUUGAUGUUGUACAUGUCUCUGAAGUACAUCGUGCAUCUUCUUUUUUAGCAUUUAACCAUUCCUCCCCUGUAGUCCUUGGUCCCUCAAUCCACCCCUCUCCCCGAGCCCACCGCCUCACAUCUCAGUCCGCGAAAAUGCGCAGGGACGCCUGGCUACCUCGCCCUGCCUCCAGUCUCGCGGGGCUCGGUCUCUUUUUCACUUUGGAGCCCACGGCAUGGAUCGUUCCCUACAAUCACACUCUUAUCUUCUCCUGGUUACUGCUUGUCCCCCUCACCGGAAUACGAGCAGUGUCUGCUUCAUGAUAACCCUGUUGGCCUUGCACAUAGUAGUGCCAUCAGGGCGGAGCAUGGAGGUCACAGUCCCUACCACCCUCAGUAUUCUCAAUGGCUCUGAUGCCCGCCUGUCCUGCACCUUCAACUCCUGCUACACCGUGAACCACAAGCAGUUUUCCCUGAACUGGACGUACCAGGAAUGUAAUAACUGCUCCGAGGAGAUGUUCCUCCAGUUCCGCAUGAAGAUCAUCAACCUGAAGCUGGACCGGUUCCGAGACCGCGUGGAGUUCUCAGGGAACCCGAGCAAGUACGAUGUGUCAGUGACGCUGAGGAGUGUGCAGCUGGAGGACGAGGGCAUCUACAACUGCUACGUCACCAACCCGCCAGACCGCCACCGGGGCCACGGCAAGAUCUACCUGCAGGUCCUCCUGGAAGAACCCCCCGAGCGGGACUCCACAGUGGCGGUCAUUGUGGGUGCCUCUGUGGGAGGCUUCUUAGCUGUGGUCAUCUUGGUGCUGAUGGUGGUCAAGUGUGUAAGGAGGAAAAAAGAGCAGAAGCUAAGCACGGAUGACCUGAAGACCGAGGAGGAGGGCAAGACGGAUGGCGAGGGCAACGUGGACGACGGCGCCAAGUAACAGGGCCACCCCUGCAGCCCCUCCCUGUGUCCUGCCUUCUCCCACUCUGCCCUGUACGUGUGACCCUGCCUGCCCUCUCUUGGUGUGCUUCUCCUGAACAGGGCCCCAGGGCACCCCUGGGGCCUCCUGAACCCCUCACUUCGUACCCCACACCCUGUACCAAGAGCGACACACCUCUCUUCCAUCUGAGAACCUACCAUGGAGUCCAGGAUGUGCGGGCCUUGGGGAGAGGAGAAGAGGGGCUCCACCCUGCCAGUCCCUGAGAAGAGGCAGGAGGCAUGUCUGGGGGUCCCAGAAACAGUGAGGCAAGGGCAGGCAGUGGUGGAGGAAGUCAGCUGUCCAGCCGUGUAGGGAGGGGUCCGGCAGUGGCUUCAGGGAGGACCUGGGGUGGGGAGCGAGAGCCCUCCUGUGCUGACCCGAGCUCCCUCGAGAAGACCUUGGCUGUGGCCUUGCUGUGCCCCUCGGGCUCCUCCCAGCCCAGAGCAGCCUUUCAGGCUGCGGGCGAGGAGGGCUUCCAUAAUUUUGGGAGGGCAUGUUAAAGGGAUGAUGGUGCAAUUCUAGGACACUGAAGGAAAGCUAGGGCUGAGGAAAACCCGGCACAAACCUUGGCCCUGGGAGCUCUGUUCUGGCUCUUGUUUCCAUUGUUAGCUGCUCCCCUAGGAGGCUUUCGGCUUGCUGUCGGCUACUGACCUCUUGGGGAUGCUGCUGAGGACGGUACUAGAGAAGCAGCUCCAGGUAGAGCCAUGCUUCUCCCUCAAGGACCGGCUAAGGGACUGAGGAGUGGGGCUCUGUCAUUAAUGGGGUUGGCUCCAGGCUGCCUUCUCUACCAGGGCCACCACCCUUGCCUGGGCCAAGAAGAGCCAAGAUUCAGGCCUUGGGUUUAGACUUUCCAGUUGCCCUCGGUAGGGUUUGCAUCUGGAGGUGGGAAGGCUGGAGGGCAGUGUGAGAGGGGCCAAGGAGCCUCCGGGCCCUGGGGCUGGCCUUGGCCCACCUAGAGCCUGUCACUUGCUCCCUUGCCCGUCUGCUCUGGCAGCUGUGUUUGUGGGGGAAGAGAUCAGUACUUGUGGGAGCCAACUUUCACUGCCAUUUUACUCACAUUAAAAUGGAAUUGCUUUAGACUGGAGAGAAGGAGAGGGAUUGGGUCAGAAAUGCCAACUCAGAGAACCUUCGGGGGUUAGCCGAGUCUUAUGCCACAGGAGAGUGGAAGAUCCGUGCGACGGGAGACCGAGGGUCUUGCCUCCUUCUCCAGCACCUGGACCUCCAUUUUGAAUCAAUAGAGCCAUAGUUUUCCUGGUGGGUGGGCCUCUAGGGUCUGGUGGACGGGGGAGGUAGGGUGAGGGUGCUCACCUAGCCCUGCUCCUCUCCCAGGAGCCCAGCGCCUGUCAGCUCAGGGAGUUAGGUGCCAGAGUCUGGGAACACAGGACAGAGACAGCAAGGGAUGGUGACAGUCUCAGGGACCAAUCCCUGCCUCUGCCUAUCAGAUGGCCAAUUUGGGGUGAGCGCAAUAUUGUAUGGGAGAUUCAGCUUGCUUCACUUCAGUUCAACACCCAUUUAUUGAGCAUUUGCUCUGUGUCAGGCACUGUGCUGGGUGCUAGGGACACACACAAAGCCAUAACAGAGUUGGAGACUGCCAGGUCAGCACUGUAGGAUCAAGAUUAUUAUUAUUAUUUUUAUUAUUUUUUUGGUGCAUCUACUUCCACCUCUACAGCCACUACUUCUAGGAUGAAAGUUGAGAAGGAAAAAAUUUUAGAAUCAGGGCCUUGAACAGGGAAGAGGGCAAAUACAAGUGCAAACAGGGGUACAGAGGCCAGGCAGAGAGGGCCUGCAGUCAGGGACAGGCAACCAGCCAGAGAAAUCCUGGGUGAGGCGAGCCCAGCCCCAGGGAGUUCUAAACUCAUCACUCAGUACCUAACUGCCAAUCAACACACUGCCAACGGGGGUGGGCUAAGCCACCAGAUGCCUGGAGCAGGUGGAUGCUGCCCAUCCUCCAAGCCAACCAGCUGGGGCCAGCGAGGUGGGUGGUAGGCACCUCGGGCCAGCUGGGAUCAAGGAUGGUGGUGUACACUGCUGCGGCUGACAGAUUUCAUUAUUUAGUCACCUCAUACACAUCCUCCUCUCCUAGGAUGAGUGAGGCAUCUGCGCUGAUGUCGGGAAUUGUUCUUUUCCCAAGACUCACAAGAUUCAGAGGGGUUAUUUACAAGAUUCCCUAGGUUCCAUCUAAGAAGUUCUAACUCUCCUUCACGCCUUUUGAGUUUUCUCUGUCUCUCUCUGCCCUGAGCAGUUGGGGCCCAGGAAAAGCAAUGCCUCUUGUCUGUGGUCCCCAAGGGCCUGAGCUUCUUUUGUUCCAGGUGCGUGGCCUCACAUGCACUUUUUGCUUAAGCCUCCUAGGUCCUUCUCCAGAGGUCUCAGAGCUUCCUCCCCCGGGGAACCGAGGUUGGGAGCGAAACGGGGUUUCUGUGAGUCGAAGUGGGAAGCCAGUGAGAUGUUCACACAGCAGCCAUUGCUCUGCCCUGCUUCGAGCUGAGGCCAGCAAUCCGUGCCUGUCCUGCAGUGUGGGGUUCAGGCCCCACUUCCAGCUGCAUGCUCCCACCACUGUGCUCUGCUGGUGUCAGUCUGUCGGCUUUCUCACCACCUCUGCCUCUCCUCUCUCAGAACCCUCUCAUCCCCAUCUGUCUCUUCCUCCUAAUUAAGGGCCACUGCAAUGAGAGAUGGGCUGGCUACCUGUGGGAUUUAGCUUACAAGAACAAAGCACAAUUUUUCAGGACUGAAAUGCCUUGAGGUGCCUUGGAACUGGCUUGGGAAAUAGUUAUCUGCCCCUCUAGCUAUGGAUUUAUCACUAUUAUUCCCACUUUAUGAAAAGGAAAAGCUGAUUGGAUCCAUAUUUCUCUCCAUGAGUCUCCUUGGGGAGGUCGGGCUGGUAAAUAUUGACAAGGCUAGGUUAAGCAUAAGCAGGUAGACAAGUGGAAAUCCUGGCCAGGUUUGAAAAGAUAGUCCCAGGCCACAGAAAGUGAUGUUAAGUGGAGGAAUCUUCCUUCCUACUUACGUCUUAAGGAUAGACAGGCUGUGUCCCUUGUUGUGCCUCUUGCUGAUGUCUUCCUUUACUGAAGCUUGCUGAUGUAUUUGUACAUAGCCUCUCUGUAUAGGUAUAGAUAUAUUAUAUAUACAAAUAUAAAACAUCUCCCUACACCCACCCCAGAAAUUAUAUUGCAGGGGGAGGGGUAAUCACUUCUCAGUGCUUUGAGUUGAUUCACCAAAGGCAAAUUAUGGAAUGUUCUUCACUGCUUUUUGUGCACUUGGAGGGGAAAACCCAGCUACAUAAGAAGAAUUUAUGCACAUCUAGGCUUUACAUGCUGUGUGGUGGUUGGAAGGGGUGUUUGGAAGGGGAGAGAAGCUUAAAUGGUCCUUUGUGACCUGACUGCUGGGAUGUAUCUGCUUCUGAGAGCAGACUUUCUUCCAUAGUUUGUGUGACUGCUUGCAUCUGUUGACUACAAUAAACACACUGUCUCUACUGGA